AUGCUAGGUAUGCGGUCUCGCAGACUAUGGAACUAUGACGAAGGGAAGAACUCUGUACGAGAUCUUGGUGUAGAUCAAGAAGGGGUGCGUGUAAAGAGGGUCCCUGCGGAUUUUCGAGCAUGCCUCGAUCAUGGCUCGGCAGAGCAAUUGGCGAGGAAUCGUAUCCCUAAGGAGUUAUCUUUCGCUGCUGCCCAACUGUGUGGCUCCGCCCAUCGCUCCGCCCACUUAUUCCCCGUCAUAUGCGACAUCGCAAGCGUGGCUCGUAUUUCGAUAUGGAUCAAGGAAAAGAGGAAGAAGGAGAGAGGAAAAGUUGAACAAAACUUCGAUGGAUUGGUGCGAGGCGUUGGACGCAUAGCUCAAGGUGAUGAUUGGCGCAAAAAGAAGAAAAAGAAGCAGGAGACAAAGAUUUUGUAA